AUGUAUCGAGUACAUCAAGCAAAGCACAAGAACUUCUCCGUUGCCUUUCUCGGCUCGCUUGACUUGGUAGAAACUUAUGACCUUGCGUUCUCCUUCUUAAGACUUGGUGAGGCCUGCAACUUCACUGCUUCGUCAAGAAGCUCGAGAGGAAAUACCGACCCUCCUUUGCAACAAUCUGACAUCCUUUCACUCUCUAGCUCGACAGAGCAACGGUCGACUCUACUAUCAACGAACUUUCAUUCCCCUCAUCAUCUACAAGCACCGACGAUAAUCUCCUUACACGCAGAAAUAGCGCCAUACAUCCGCUGGACAACGGUAAACUCGAAGAUAUACUUUACCUUCACCACCCAGGCAGCCGGAGGUCGAAAUCGAGAUUUCGCGGCUGCGUUUUUCGUUGGUGUGGGUUUUGCUCCACUUCCUCCACCACUUCCUCCCCCUCCACCUCCUCCAGAACUAGAACCAAUAAAAUACCCAUCUCAACCCUCUCAUCAGCCCCUCUUAUCCCAUCUCCCCCCCCUUCUCUCCCAAGAACCAGCCAAGAAAAGAAGAAAAAUAAAGAAAGAAAGAAAAGAAGAAAAAAAACUAACCACUCAAUCCCAACAACUCCCCACGCCGCACCACCCGUCAACGCAUCCCAACGCCCCGAUGGAGAAAUCAACAUGGUUCACGUCGCAUGCGGCGCAGGAAUCCAUUACUGUUACUGUUAUCGUAUUCCUAUUUUCUGUCGGAAAAAAGUGGAAUAGAGAGGCGGAGAAUAAAGGGAGGGAGAAGAAAGGAAGGGAACGGAAGAGGGGAAGAGAGGGGAAAGAGGAGGGGAAAGAGGAGGGGAAAGAGAGGGAAGAGGGAGAGGGAGAGGGAAGGAAAGGGGAAAGAGGAAAAGGCAGAGAAGGGAAGAAAGGGAGAAAGAAAGAGGAAAAAGAGCGUACCCUUUUCCACCCACGUUAUCCGUACUCCCGAUAUUCGUUAUAUGUAACUGGUCCCCGCAGUAUUGGGCUUUGUAGAGGUUGUGCAUCCAUGGCAUACCUGGGUUGCUUUAGACAGCGAAAACAAUCGUAUGGUGAAGUAGGAAAGGGAAAGGGAAAGGGGGAGGAAAGGUAG